AUGUUUCACUACAGUGUAGAAAGGUUUAACAACGGUAACGAAUCUAACGCAUCCUUGUUCCUAGAUAGCGCUUCAUUUGAUCGGAAUCCUGUCCAUAUCAUCGCGUCAGGCGUCAUUCUUGGAACCAUCAUUCUGUUUACUCUUACCGGUAACACCUUGGUGGUAAUUGCUGUACUGGGAUACCGCCGUCUACAGACUGUGACUAAUUUCUUACUUUUAUCACUAGCGAUUGCCGAUCUUACAGUUGCGCUCUUGGUGAUGCCAUUUUCGCUUGUGUACGAGGUGUACGGCAGUUGGACGUUCGGUUAUAUAUUCUGUCAUUUCUGGCUGUCGUGCGAUGUGAUGUGUUGUACAGCCUCCAUUCUUAACCUGUGUAUCAUAUCACUUGAUAAGUACUGGGCAAUUACAAGACCGUUAACCUAUAAGGUAAACUCUAAACGGCGAGUGAUCAAUAUGGUAGUGUUCGUGUGGGGAUGCUCCGGAACUAUCUCGUUUAUACCGAUUUUCAUGGGAUGGUACGCUGAUAGCAACCACCCCGUUUUACACGAUCCAUACUUUUGUGGUCUGCAGGUCAACCACACUUACGCUAUAAUAUCUUCUCUGACCUCUUUUUACGUACCCUUGCCUAUUAUGCUGUUUACAUAUAGUCGGAUUUAUUCAGUGGCACGGUUUCAAGCUGCGAAAAUUCGCAACGAGCUCAAGCACAUUCACUGUUUCAACCCAAGCCAGCGACAGACUGUGCGUCGACAGAUCCGUUCUCUGGUCCGUGAACACAAAGCCGUUCGCACUCUCGGUAUCAUCAUGGGGGUUUUCAUAUUUUGCUGGUUGCCGUUCUUUUUGAUGUAUCUCAUCCUACCUUUUUGUCCCAAGUGCAACAUGAGCGACAUGCUUAAAUCUGCGUUAACUUGGCUAGGAUACGCCAACAGUUUCCUGAACCCUCUUAUUUACGCUUUCUUUCAUCGCGAUUUCCGGAAAUCAUUCAAGCUGAUUUUGUGUGCAAGGAAUAUAAGGUUUAAGGGCGGGGCUUUCCAACAGGAUAACUCAAAUCUUAUGUCACGCGACACCAUGUCUCUCGCAAACUCCAAUAACGCGAACGAUGACUCAAGCCUUCGUCUCUCUGCUAUUGACAACGUAAACAACUGCACAUCAACCACGUAA